GACUGCUCAUGUGUUAAAUAUAAGUCUCUGACUGUCCUGAGCAAAGCGACCGUCCCCUUGGGAAGGGUGACGUCUCUCCAGUAACGUGAUUGCUCCUUUGGAAGCAGAAACGUGUAAACGCUAUAAAACGCGGUGGCGCGGCGGGCAGCUCAGAGCGUGCGGCGAGACGGAGCCCUCCUCUUCAUCCUCCUCCUCCUCCUCACCCUCUGCCGCCGCCCCGGCAGCCGCGCCGCGGAGCAGGGCGCACUGCCCCAGCACCGCUCCGCUCCGCGCCCGCCCACCCAGACCCACCGACGGACUCGCGGCUCCGUGGCGGCCAUGGAGCACCGCGGCGCCUCCCCGCUCCUCCUCGCCCUCGCCCUCCUCAGCGCCCUCUGCUGGCGGGCGCGGGCGCUGCCCCCGCGGGGCGCCGCCUUCCCAGCCGCGCCGCGAUUGGGAAACAGAAUGCCAUUUGAUGGAGCCAGUGAACCUGACCAUGCCCGUGGGUCAUUAAAGUCAGAAUCAGAUAUUUUGCAGAGCACACUACCUGAAAAUGAGAAAUUCUAUUAUGAUCUGUCCAGAAUUAUUGAUAGAAAUGCAAGGCAUGCUGAUGGAAUUUUCACCAGUGUCUACAGCCAUCUUUUGGCUAAAUUUGCUGUGAAGAGAUAUCUGCAUUCGCUUAUUAGAAAACGAGUUAGCUCCCAGGACAGUCCUGUCAAGCGCCACUCUGAUGCUGUCUUCACCGACAACUACAGCCGCUUUCGAAAGCAGAUGGCUGUGAAGAAAUACUUAAACUCAGUUUUAACUGGAAAAAGAAGCCAGGAAGAGCUAAAUCCUGCUAAACUUCGAGAUGAAGCAGAACUUCUUGAACCGUCCUUUUCAGAAAACUACGAUUCUGUAGAUGAGCUGCUGAGCCACCUCCCACUGACAGUCCCUCUUCCCAUAAUCACAGCCAGAACAUCUGCACACUGGUUGAAGCAAGCAAUUUUCUCUUAUUAG